GCGAGAAGAGCGCGUUUAACCAGUCGCCGAGCAAAGCGCUGCUCGGCUCCCUCCUCUGAGGCGAGUCUGCUCGGACUGUUAACGCUACUUAGCGCUUAACUCGCGCUGUAAAACAGCAUUCGGUCGGUCUUAUGGUCUCUCAGCCGCGCUUUAGCUGCUUAAUACGAAUCCCUUUUCGGGGUGAGCCGACGGGGAAGAGUUUGGGACCUGAUAUCCACAGCUUUUCUCCGCGUACGCGUUCUCCGGGAUGCUGAACAGAGAUUUACCCACCUGCGAACCUACCCGCGAGGGUUAGGGACCUCAGAGUGACUUGCUGCUGGAGCUUCUCCAACGUCCUCCGACGUCUGUUUGACUGAGAUGGUUUAUACUUGACCCAGGAGAGCCGGAAAGGGGGUGAACGGAGGUCAGCAAAGACGAGUGGAGGCCACGUCAGGAGAUACGUCAGGAGUAAUAGCAGGAUCGUCCGGACGUUUGACACAGUGACCUAACAGAUGGCACCACGCCUACAAUACCUGCUUUGUCACUAAGAAAAAGACGGAAGAGGAAGGGAGUUUGCCAUCUUCAUCCCUCAGAUUGUCCUCACACCUGUUCAGGGAGAAAAUUGCUUGAAGCACGAGUGCAGGCCACUCCACAGGGGGAGCUUCGAGGCUCAGCUAUGAGUGCAGCUGAGAGUUCACACUGGCGGAUGACACCCACCAUUCAGCCAGCAUGGUGAGCAAGGUCUCUGUGGUUUACAUAUCCCUGGAGCUGCUGAUCGCGCUGCUGGCCGUGGCUGGAAAUGUGCUGGUCUGCUGGGCCGUGUGCCUCAACAGCAACUUGCAAAGCAUCACCAACUUCUUUGUGGUUUCCCUGGCCGUGGCCGACAUCGCAGUGGGGCUCCUGGCUAUCCCCUUCGCCAUCACCAUCAGCACAGGCUUCUGCAGCAACUUUCACGGCUGCCUGUUCAUCGCCUGCUUCGUGCUGGUGCUAACGCAGAGCUCCAUCUUCAGCCUGUUCGCCAUCGCCGUGGACCGCUAUAUCGCCAUCAAGAUCCCACUGAGGUACAACAGCCUUGUGACGAGCCAGAGAGCCAAAGGCAUCAUUGCAGUGUGCUGGAUUCUGUCAGUGAUCAUCGGGCUGACUCCCAUGCUGGGCUGGAACAUGCGGGCCACAGACGUCACUAACAGCUCUUGUCCGGCUGGCAUGACGGAGUGCUUAUUUGAGAAAGUAGUCACUAUGGACUACAUGGUUUACUUCAACUUCUUUGGCUGUGUCCUCAUGCCGCUGCUGGCCAUGCUAGUCAUCUAUGCUCGGAUUUUCUUGGCCGCACGCCGGCAGCUCAGGCAGACGGAGCAGAAGCUGUCGCAUGGGCAUUCUCACAGCGACAGCUCCUCAACCCGCUCCACACUGCAGAGGGAAGUUCACGCUGCCAAGUCUCUAGCCAUAAUAGUGGGCCUCUUUGCCCUGUGCUGGCUACCGCUGCACAUCAUAAACUGCUUUACGCUGUUCUGUCCCAAAUGCGCCCGACCUCCAGUCUGGAUCAUGUACCUGGCAAUCAUCCUUUCACAUGCUAAUUCGGUGGUAAACCCAUUCAUUUAUGCCUACCGCAUCCGAGACUUCAGGCACACUUUCCGUAGGAUUAUUCGGCAGCACUUCCUUGGACGGCAGGACAGGAUGCGCAGUGGCAGCAUGGCUACAGGAAACAUGACUACCUCCAUUGGGAUUAGUGUCGUAGAUUCCUCAUUUGGCAUUCUUGCUAAUGGCAACGUGCUGAACCACAGUCCCAGGCAUAGUCCCAUUCCAGGUAAUGACCGUGGAACGUUGAAGGAAAUGCAUUCCACAGGUAGCCAGUGGAGGCCGAGGUCAGACCUCUCAGAAGCAGACCACAGCUCCAACGGGCUUCACUCAGUGGAGCGUGCUCUGUCUGCCCAAUCGAAACUUUGCUCACUAGGAUGUUCUGAACACAUUGAUGAUGAACUCUCUUCUAAUAAGAGCAACUCUGAAAUCAUGGUGGUGAAAGACUGUGGCAUUAUCACCAAUGUACAUUUCUGCUCUCUCCCUACAAGAACAAAUCACUCAGCGGAGCUUGCUGAGGUGUCAUGACAGACUCGUUUUCAUGUUAACUGUUGUUACUGUACAUGUUAGCUGGACUAAACAAACACACAGUCUCAUUUGACCUACACACAGCCCAUACAUCUGACCUUGCCAUUGGCUUUUCCCAAAUCAGAAUGUCACUGGUGUUAAAGUGAGGGUGACCUAAUUCUCGUUACUAUCUGGAGCUGGAUGAGGCAAUUGGUAUGUGUACCUGCUCUGUAUCUGUGGGAACUGAGUGAAUGUGGCCACUACAUUCCAACAUAUCCCGGCUGUGGAGUUAUCUGAUGGAACAAAUUCAGUUCCAACAUUCCACACAGUCAGAACCCCUUCUAUGUCGAACAGUGUCUGAGGUUUAGUUCACUAGCGUUGCAUUGCCACUUACAUUUGUGAAAAUAAGGGUGCCAGAAAGGAUUCUUUGAAGCAAUGGCAUAGAAGAACCAUCUUUGGUUCUCUGAAGAAGCUUUUUAAAGGGCACUUUUUUUUGACAAUGAGAUGAAAGAGUGUGAAGAACCUUACAAAAAACAUUUGAAAACAGUUAGAAAUCAGUACCUUUAAAGAAAUCCAUUCAAAUUUACAUUUGGCUUAGUAAUUGCUUUGCAAUUUGAGUGCUAAACAUCUCAGUAUAAAGCCAUGUUCAGCAGUCUGAACUUUAUUUACAAGGAGAUGCUAUUAGCUCUCAAAUCACUUUCGUGAAUAUAUCAUAAAAAGAGGUAACCCACACCAGCAGGAUCUCAUGAAUGCACGUUUGUAGUUACACAUUUCAUGUAUAUGAAGUAAAAUGAAAUGUUUGUGGUUAAAAUGAUGUGUAUGAUACCUUGAUUGAUUAUCAGAAUAAUUGUAAAAAGUGACAGCCUUAAAACCAUUUAAAACAAAUAAAAGUCCAGGCCAAGAACAAUUUAGGAACUUUUAUUUUGAAGAGUGUAGCCUGAAUCUAUACAUGAAGCAGGAGCACAAAAGUUUCUGGUUAAAUACUAAUACUUUUUCCAUUCAUUUGAAACUGUUGACCAAAACAAACAAACAAACAGCUAAACUUUAAAGGUACUAAGCAUCAAAACUUUACUUUUACCCCUCUUACUUGUUCACAGCCAGUUCCUAAUGCAUGUGGUGCAGUUGUGUUUUAAUCUGAACUGACCUUUUCAUUCUCAUCAUUAAUAGCUUAACUGAUAAAUGUCCAUCCUUAUCGUUGAUAGUCCUAAUGCAUGCUCUGCAUGCUGUAUCAUUCAACUGCACCACCAGUUUAAGAGGCAGAAGGCCAGUGUCUCCUCUAACGUGUAUAAACUAUCCCAGACAUUUUUUCCCUACAAGCUGGAUACCUCAGCCUUCCUGAAGUCUCUUAAAUGUGGCUAUGCAUAUACGCAGUUGGUGUACGUUAUGAUGGUGCGGAGAAAGUCUCUCCUUUUUUCCCUUCAGAUAACACGGCUUUUUUUCCAUUCGCCUCACAUAGAACAUGGGAUCUCAGUGAUAAGGUGCAUCUGUACACUGGUAAGUGGUACUUUUACUGGGUGCACUAUUACUUUUAUUACUUUACGUCUAAGUUAAGUUACAGUAAGAGAAACCCAACUCAGCACAAAUUCCCCAGCUGCUGAUUCCACAUGCUGCUUUGAUAAAUCUCUUGACAUUUCCUCUUCUAUGUGCACAACUGUCUCAUAAGUCUACACUAUUGAAUGUAAAGCAUGUCUUUUGGUAGUUCUGAAUUUUACUAAAUAAAAACAGCUUAAAACAAAAAA